UGGAGAGUUCAUCUUCCAACGCUUCUAUCAUUCGUAAAGAGUGCGGCUUCGGCUGCUCGCUCUUACUCAAUUUUGGUAGUGUCAUCUGGCACUUCUACCACACACGCUCAUGACCACCUUCAAGGAUGGCUCCAAAAACGCCUGGAAAGACGUCUACCAAGAAUCGCAAACACAAUGAACCCCCAGCACCAAAGCCUGCCGCGACGAUCCCGGCAGACGUUCCUCAUGUCAACUAUGCCGAGGUUCAGGCUGAGGAAAUUGACGUCCUCCAAGCCAUUUAUAUGGAAGACUACGAAGAAGUAGAAGUCAAGUCUGCCUGGAGCAAAAGCUCUGAUCGAGCAUUCAAGCUCAAAUUGAAAGCCUUUUCCGAUGAAUCUACCUUUGUCAUUCUCUCUGCCAAAUUGACGGCAACAUAUCCAAAGUCUGCUCCUGUCCUUCAAAUAGAAGGCUUGGAUAAAUUGCAAGCUCAAGCUAGGAAAUGUCUUCAACACAUUAUCAAGACCAGACCGGCCGAGAUGGCUGGAGAGGUCAUGAUGCACGCUAUCGCCGCGGACAUACAAGAUGCGCUUGAAGACGCCGUGCAGGCCAGAGAGCAGGGCGUUCUCCCCAGUCUUGAAGAUGAGCGCAUGAACCAGGAGGCCGCUGCCUUUGACCAGGCCAAAGAAGCCAAGGAGGAUGAAGCUAAGCGAGUGCAAGCCGCUCAGGAUGAAGAAGAACGUAUGCUGCAGCAAAUGGUUCAGGACGAGGUCGAACGUCGUGAAAUUAAACGACGCGACAGAUCUUCUCGGACUCAACAAAAAUCUAGCCCACAUCCAUCAGCGGAAGACGGCAAUAACACGAUCGACUUUGAUCAAGACAUCGCACUUGCUCCUGGCGUGGAAAGCGCACCUUUCAGUAGCGUCGCUUUGAUAUCACCAAUCGCUUCCAAAGGACAAAUGGGUAUCUUCGCUGCUCAGCCCAAAGUCACCAGAGGUGCGCUCAUGAGUCAAACCAUGUUGGCGGUUCGUCGCUUGUCCUUGAAGAUCAUACACGGCGAUGCCACGAGCAAGAAUCAUUUGCUCGCCCUGGAGGAAGAGUUGGAAGCGCUGAAAGUCCUUCGCCAACCCAACAUCCUCAAUGUCUACGCUUUUAAGGUCGAUAAGACUGAGGGCAAAGACAGCGGGUCCAAUCAAGACUGGGACGUCUCAGUCUUGACAGAUCUUGCCAACAGAGGAAGUCUUGCAGAGAUGCUUGAAGACGGUCACACUGUGCCUCCAGCAAAAGCGAAGCAAUGGUGUUUGGAUUUGCUCGAAGCACUAGACUAUUAUCACCGCCAUGGUAUCGUUCACAAACGCAUUCACAGUGCUAAUGUUCUACUUUUCCGAUCGGAUACUGGAGUCACGUCACCGAAGCUCGCAGAUGCUGCAUACGAGGACAGGCUACUCAUACUGCAGGGCCGACCAAGCACUGUCGAGAAGAGCAAGAAAAUGGUGGCUUGGCUUGCACCCGAAUGUUCCGGGAAUGAUCCUGCAUUUACUCGCCGGAGUGAUGUCUGGGAUUUUGGUGUUCUGCUUGUCCAGAUGCUGUUCGGCACCACAGUGACCCGCAAGUACCAUGGUCCAAUGGCUAUGCUUGAGUCGCUGGAUCUUUCGGACCCGCUUAGCGACAUCUUGCGCAGAGUGUUCAGCAAGGAGCCAAAGAACAGACCUACAGCUUUCGAAUUGAUCCCGAGCGAGUUCUUCCGCAGCGACCUACCAAUUAUCAACGCAGAGCAUUCCACGAGUAAAAGAAGGCAAUCGUCUUCUAUGGGCUUUUCUGGAGACUUCAAGAGUCCUAUUGCUAGACGCUCUAGGCAGAACUCACUCAGCGUUGGUGAAGGCCCUUCAUUCUCACGCUAUGUCAAGGACUUCACCGAACUCGGCCGUCUUGGUAAAGGUGGCUUCGGUGAGGUGGUAAAGGCACGCAACAAGCUCGACGGCGGAGUCUAUGCCAUCAAGAAAGUCAAACAAGAUUCGGCUGCACAGCUCGAGCACGUUCUAUCGGAGGUCAUGCUCUUGCACAGACUUAAUCAUGCUUACGUGGUCCGCUACUAUUCAGCUUGGGUCGAGGAUGACUUGUCUGGCAUGGUUGAACUAGAUCAGGAGUCCGUCUCGUUCGCGGAAGAUAUGACCACGUCCUCAGGCGAUGGUAUACAAUUCGGCAUGAGCAGUCGCGGCUUAGACUUUGUCAGCUCAAGUGGACUCGGCGACGAUAUUGUCUUUGGUGAAGACAGCGACGAUGACGACGAUGACGACGAGGACGACGAAGACGACGAUGAGGGCUCGGCUUCUGGAACGGAGACUAAUGGUCGUGUUGCAAGUGGCAGGCCUAUAUUUAGGAAUGGAGCACACUCAGAGGGCGCCAUCAGCGAUGGCGAAGACACCGAUUCACGUCCGCAACGCACACAUCGCGCCUCGUCUCGCCGCUUCAUGCGCUCAACACUUUACAUCCAGAUGGAGUAUUGUGAGAGACACACACUUCGAGACUUGAUUCGGAAGGACAUGUAUGCCAAACCUGAACAAGGUUGGCAAAUGCUCCGACAAGUCCUUGAAGGUCUCGCGCAUAUUCACAACCAUGGAAUCAUCCAUCGCGACCUCAAGCCUGACAAUAUCUUCAUUGAUGUUGCUGGAAACCCUCGCAUUGGAGACUUUGGUCUAGCUACAACAAGCCAGUACACCAGCGCUGACAAAGUCAUGACAAGCUCCAAUGGAGGCGCGGAUAUGACCAGAAGUGUUGGAACUGCCAUGUAUGUUGCACCGGAAAUCAAAUCAGGUUCCGGCGUGAACUACAAUGACAAAGUCGACAUGUACUCGAUGGGUAUCAUCUUCUUCGAGAUGUGCUUCCCCUUGAGAACCGCUAUGGAGCGCCACGAAGUGUUGCUUGAGAUGAGAGAGAAAGAUCAUGUCUUACCUGUUGAGUUCCAAGCUCCAGAGAAGGUGUUACAAGGAAACAUCAUCAUGGAGCUGAUCAGUCACUCGCCUGGCGACCGUCCGAGUAGUAUGGAACUCUUGAGAAGUGGGAAGCUGCCGGUACAGAUUGAAGACGAGACCAUCCGACAAGCACUGCAGAGUUUGACCGACCCAGGGUCGCAAUACUAUCAGAAGAUGAUGACAGCUUUAUUCUCGCAGACGCCCGAUCAACGCGUUAAGGAUUUCGCUUGGGACGCUAAAGCGAGUAAGGACCCACCUACAGCCGAAGAUUUCCGUGUAAGAGAUAUCGCUAGAGGCACUCUAUGUUCCAUCUUCCGCAGACACGGAGCCGAAGAGACGCAGCGACCUCUAGUACUUCCUCGCUCCAACUACUACACCGCACCCAAUAUUGUUCAGCUCCUGGAUGGCACCGGCAAUCUUUUGCAAUUACCUUAUGAUCUCGUUCUUCCGCAUGCCAGGCGUCUCGCCAAGCAAGAACCGGCUGUCGAAAAGACAUUUGUCUUUGGCAAUGUCUUCCGUGACACCCUCAGUGGAGGUGCGCCUAGGACUAUCAAGGAGGUCGACUUUGACAUUGUGACAAAAGAGAGUGACGAUCUUCCGUUGCAAGAAGCAGAAGUGCUCAAGGUUGUAGAUGAGAUCAUUGACGAGGUCCCUGCUCUCGCAUCACAACCAAUGUGCUUCCAUCUCAGCCAUUCGGAUCUGCUAGAACUCAUACUUGAUUUCUGCCGCAUUGAUCAAUCUCAAAGGCCACUUGUCAAAGAAACCCUCAGCAAGUUGAACAUUCACCAAUUUGGCUGGUCCAAGAUACGUACUGAACUUCGCUCACCUCUUAUCGGCAUUCACUCUACAUCUCUCGAUGAUCUGGCACAAUUCGACUUCCGCGAUACCCCUGAGAAAGCUUUGAAAAGGCUUCAGGAGAUCCUCGAAGGCAGCACACACGCAAGCAGAAUUAGAAGACCCAUGGACCACAUUAAGCGUGUGGUCGAUGCGAUGAAGCUAUUUGGCAUUCGUCGCAAGAUUUACAUCUGUCCUCUGAGCAGCGUCAACGAAAAGUUCUACUCCGGCAGCGUACUUUUCCAGUGCAUGUACGACAAGAAGAACAGAAAUGUCUUUGCAGCAGGUGGAAGGUACGACCGACUUAUCGAUGCCCAUCGCUCUCGCACACAUGCCACAAGUGAAGCUUGCCAUGCCGUCGGCGUCAGUAUCGGUUGGGACGGCCUCAUCGCCGCCAUCAUCAGACACAAAAAGAACGCAGUCAACAAUGCCUAUCUCAAAAAGGGCCACGAAGAAUCGCUCAGUGCAGCUUGGAAUGCCAAACGCUGCGAUAUUCUCGUGGCCUCUGGCGAUCCCACGAUUCUCCGCUCCACAGGCAUCAAAGUCCUCGCCAGCCUCUGGGCCAACGACUUCAGCGCCGAACUAGCCACAGACGCCCGCACCAUCGACGACGUCCUAAGUAAGCAGCGCGAUGCCUCGCACCCAUGGAUCGUAAUGGUAAAGCACGAAGCCUCUUCAACCUUCAAAGUACGCAACAGCACCACAGACACCGAGACCGAAGUCGCAAGUACAAACCUAAUCGCCCACCUGCGUUCUGAGCUCCGCGAAAGAGAAAGCAGGGAAGCUGGACACGGCAACAAUCGCUCUCGCCACCAUCCCUCCCUGAUCCGCCAUUCUUCCCACCACAACGAAAACAACAACAGCACCAGCGGCAACGAACGCAACAAAAACAACGUCCAAGUCCUCAUGGCACAACACCGUGGCAAAAAGAGCAAUAAAUACCAUAUUGUAGAAGCCGCCCAAGCCCGCUGGACAUCCUACAUUGACUCUUGGAAAUCUUCCGCUCCUAUUCUCGCCAUCGAAGGCAGAGAAGGUAUAGUAGAGAGCAUCCGUGACGAAACACGGCUUUCGGAUCCGGAUUCUUGGCGCAAGUUUGUUCAGAGUGCUCCGUUGGCCGAACGUCAGUAUUUGGCGCAAGUGCAUGAGUUGUUGGCUGAGAUGAGGAAGAAGUGGGAGGCGGGGUUGCAGGUGCAGGGGAGAGAGGAUGGGGUGGGGGUGGGGAGGGAGGCUUGUCUCUAUAACUUUAGGACGGCCAAUUGUGUUUAUUACGAUGUUGGUCUUUGAAGGACUUCUUGCCAUCGAAGUCGCGAAAAAGAUCUAUUUCACUUUUCUACAUUUUGCUUCACUCUUUCAAAUGUGAUGAGAUGCGCAUGAAAGGUGAUCUUAUGACAAGGACACGCAAACCACAGUCACAAUCACAGUUUGCAGUUCAAAGAAGUGCCCAAAGAAUAAAGUCGAACAGAAAUUGGAACAUAUGUACAAGUACGGCCAAUUAGUGGUGGUGGGAAUAUCGAACCAGACAACAGAGAACCACCGGUACGAGACAU